AUGCGUUUGACCCCGGUUUUUCUGUUUGCUGUUAUUUCCAACGCAUCGCUCCUAGCCCGUGCUGACGUCGCUGGUAGUGCUGCUGAUGUGUUGGAGUCGUGCACCGGCCUGGACUUCCAGAACUGGGAUACCCAGAGCCUUCGCUCCUACCUUCUGGACCGCGGUAUCAUUUCCCCUGCGUCCACACAUGAGAAGCUGGCUAAGCUGGCCAAGAACGACUGUGACUACCUUGUGAAUGAGGUGCAGGUGGCGACAGCGUCGGCCAAGUCGCUGGCAUCGGCUGAGAUGACGUCGAUGAUGAGCCUUGCGUCCUCUGUGCAGGCUGCUCUGCCUACGUCGGUGGCGCCCUCUGCGUCUUCGCUUGCAUCGGGUGCGUCGAAGUCGGGUACGUCGCUGUAUGGCCAGGCCAGCAAGUCGGGUAGCAAGGUGGCGUCGUCGCAGCAUGCCGCGGCGUCGUCAAUGGCCUCGCAGGGCUACCAGUCGGCCUCCUCGGCAGUCUCGGCAGGUUCUAAGGCGGCUGCGUCUGCGGCCAAAGAUGGCCACCAGUACGCUUCUUCGGCGGUCUCAGCUGGCCACAAGGCGGCGUCGUCCGCUGCGGCAGAUGGCUACGCGGAGGCGGAGCGCCGUGUGCAGCAGUCGGGUGACUACCUGAACAGUCUCGCCAAGGAUGCGUCGGCCUACUUGGACGACACGAAGGACUACGUGUACAGUUCGUGGAACACGAAGGAGCUGCAGAAGUGGCUCAAGUCGAACGGCAUUGAGCUGCCGUCGAAUACGCCGACGAAGGAGGAGCUUCUGGCUACCAUCCAGAAGCCAUUCGCGGAGGCGCAUGUGAGCCGCCCGUAUGAGCGUCUCUCGACGGACUACCUGCGCGACUGGCUGGUGCAGCACGGCUACCUGGACUCGGAUGCGAAGAAGAAGCGUGACGAGCUGAUCAACAUGGCGCAGGACUACUACUACUAUGUCCAGGACUCUGUGUACGACACAUGGAGUGAUGCGGACCUGCGUUCGUGGCUGCAGAAGCACAACCUGAUCAAGUCGGACUGGCAAGGCAAGCGCGAUGAGGCGCUGGCGCUUGUGCAGAAGAACUUCGACUCAAUGAAGGACACUGUGUGGGCUGGCUGGCGUGACAGCGACAUGCGUCAGUACCUGCAGCGCGAGAACCUGAUUGACACGAGCCGCACGUACUCGCAUGACGAGCUGCUUGACCUGAUGCAGAAGCAUGCGUCGAGCUUUUCUUCGACGGCGAGCAAGUACGUGAGCUGGUCGGAUGCGAAGCUGCGUGGCUUCCUGAAGGACCACGGCGUAUCGCUUGACUCGAUGCCGAAGGACCGGGAUGAGCUGCUGCGUCUGAUGCGUGCGUACUACGCGCCGGACUGGGCCGACAGCUGGCACACCCGUCUUUCGCAGUUCAUUACCAAGCUGAGCAACGGUGUGCGUGACGUGUUUGGUCUCUCUGCCGAACAGGUGUACCACCUGAACAAGGAGAAGCUUGGCUCGUACGCUGCGACCGCUAGCAAGAGCGCGAGCUCUGCUGCCAGUGCUGUCUCGAGCGCUGCCUCGAGCGCUGUGUCGCAGGUGCGUGAUGAGCUUUAA